UGUGCCGACUAUCGGCGACCACUAACACCAACAACGUUUUGGAAUUUGCCUGCGUUUUGCUUCGUCGUCGAAUUCAAUAUUCAAUAUCCCGUGUGUUUUGUGUUGUUUCCCCCCAGCUUACUAAAAACAAAUCGAUAUGGCCGCUUACACCGAGGAUCAGUUGGCUGAAUUCCAGGAGGCCUUCAACCUGUUCGACAACCGCGGAGAUGGCAAGAUCCAGCUGAGCCAGGUGGGCGAGUGCCUGAGGGCUUUGGGCCAGAACCCCACCGAGUCGGACGUGAAGAAGUGCACCCACCAGCUGAAGCCCGACGAGCGCAUCUCGUUCGAGGUGUUCCUGCCCAUCUACCAGGCGAUCUCGAAGGCUCGCUCCGGCGACACGGCCGAUGACUUCAUCGAGGGACUGCGUCACUUUGACAAGGACGCCAGCGGGUACAUCUCCUCAGCGGAGCUGCGCCACCUGCUGACCACGCUGGGUGAGAAGCUCACCGACGAGGAGGUGGAGCAGCUGCUGGCCAACAUGGAGGACCAGCAGGGCAACAUCAAUUACGAGGAGUUCGUGCGCAUGGUCAUGAGCGGUUAGGACCAGCCAGGUUCUAGCUGUCCAGCUCCAAGCUGUCCAACUGUCCAGCACCAGCAGUAGCAGUAUCACCACGACAAUAGAAGCAACACUAUAUCCAACACAACAGCAAACACUAAAACACCUGCCAAGCUAGCUGAGCCGUUCAUUCCGCCAAAAGUUCCAACUCCGUGAUUCCAACUUAGCCAUUCUUCCCCCGGAUAAAGCAUUAAAACCAAGGACAACGACCAAUAAUUAUCGAGAUAUAACAAAUACAGGGGAAAGUGCUUAACGAGCAGCUAAAAACUGAAAAACUUAAAAACUUCGAGAUUGGAGCUAUUCCCACUUCCAAAAUUAACCAUCGAUGUAGACAUAGAUUCAUGAUUAACCAUAACUAAUCACCGCGUCUGUGAAUGUGCGUAUUAUUCUAAAAUGAACACUAGAGAAGGUUAAUCAUUAGUUAUCACCUAGUGCAGACGUUCUUUUGUACCAAUCACACUCGAUACAUAUAUAUAUAUAUAUUACUAUACAAUACUUCAAUGGAAGACAGCGAGAGUAUCAAGAAAAAGUAUUUCUAAAUUAAAUUUGAUAUGCGUCGGUGGCGUGUGUCCGUAUUUAAAUGCGCAUUUUGAAGUUUUACAUGUUUAUUUUUUUUAAAUAAUUUAAUAUUUGUAUUUAAUAAAUAAUAAAAUGAGAUCCAAUGAAUGUGUAGGUCUUUUUACAAAAGAAACGUACUUAAACUAUUAAACCAAUUGAAACCUUA